GCUCUUAACAGAACAAACAAUUCUCUUUCCCUACACGGAACAGCACAGCAUAAAAAACCUACACAGAGAAAACACAAUCACGCAAAACAAAAUCAUGCAGGAAGCCAUAGACGAUAAUUAUUUGUGCCCUAGCUUUAGUAGCUUCGGAUACUUGGCUGAAAUUGCCGCUAAAAUCUCCGAUGAAUUUCAGGAGGCAGCGGAGGAGAACGCUAGCGAUUGCUUCGACGGAGAUAACAGCCAGGAAUUAGAUUUUGAAUUCUCAACCAUGGAACUCAUCUACGGCGGUCAAACUGAAUUUCAGUCAAUUUUCCCUGUUUUCAACGGCGAUCUAUUAUUAAACGUUAACGAUGAAUCGUCGUCGUCGGAUGCCGUUGAUAGUGAAAUUCGAAAUCCGUUGAAGAGUUUUUUCCUAGAAGAACUGGAAUCGACGACGACGUCGGCGUCGGAGGCGUCAUCAGAUGUGGAUGAAUUGGAGAUUUUGCCGCCGGGAACAUAUUGUGUGUGGAAGCCGAAGAUUAGCGAGCCGUCACCGGGAAAAUGUAAGAAGAGUAAAUCAACUGGAUCGGCGCCAAAGCGAUGGCCGAAGCUUCGAGAUUUGUUAAGGCGGAGUAAUAGCGACGGCAAGGACACUAGUUUUGUAUUUCUCACACCGAAAAAGUCAAUAAAAAGCGAAACAACGAAUUUAGGUGAGGUCGUAAAGGCGGCCGGAAAAUCGAAGCAGCUGAAAGGAAGUGGUACGGGCGGAGAGUCACCGGUGGCGGCUUACAUACGAAAUAGAGCGGCUAACCAAGGUGAUAAGAACAGAAGAAAAUCGUAUUUACCGUAUAGGCAAGACCUAAUAGGAUUUUUCGCCAGCGUUAAUGGUUUGACUAAUGGUUUGAGUAGAAGUUAUCGGCCAUUCUAACACCAUGCAGAUGUCAACGGAGGCAAAAAAAAACCUAAGUUAUUUUUUUUUCAUAUAUUCAAGUUUUGAAGGAAGAGUUGUCUCUUAGUAUCAUAGGAGAUUGCCAGUAUCUUGGCCCGAUACUACCAUCAUAAAAAGAACCAAGCAAAUACCUCAAGUCGAUUAAUUUCAAGUUUUUCCUUUGUGAUUUUUUCACCAUCUCAAAAUAUAUGUCACUUAUUUAGUUCCCAAUUUUUAAAUUGAAGAUUGACUAAUAUUUUAAAAUGU